CAAGGCACAGUUAGCAAUUGUUCGUCGUAUUGGCUGGUUAACUGAUUCAGCAUGCCUAAAGUUAACGUAAGUAUCAUGAAAUGUUUGCUGCUAUUCGGAUUGGUGCUAAUCCUUGGCACUGAAGCAACGAAAGGAAAAGGAAGAGGCGGAGGUUACGGUGGAGGUAUGAGCUAUGGUGGCGGAGGGCACGGAGACGGAGGUGGAGGAUACAGUGCUGCACCUUCCCCACAAAUAAUUUAUAUGCCUGCCCCUCAGCCCAUCUUUGUAUCGGCUCCUCAACCAAUGGCCCAUCAUCAACCAGCGCCUAGGCCUGCACCUUCUUACGGUGGGGCAAGUGUAGGUCAUGGUGGUGGUGGUUAUGGAGGUCAGAUGGGAGGUGGUUCUUACGGAGUAUCAGCAGGAGGUGGACAUAGAGGCCCUCAAUCUAGCGGUUACGGGGGCUCUUCAGGAGCUGCACCUGUCCAUGUACACGUUCACGCUCCUGCCCCGGUAGCUGCACCAGUUCAUCACGCAGCUCCGUUGUCUUCUUAUGGUGGAGGUAGUCACGUAGGACAAGUUGGUGGCUACGGAGGAGCUCUAGGAGGUGAACAUGGGAGUAGUCAGUCCGCUGGCUAUGGAGGAUCGAUGGGUAGUGGACAUGGAGGCCACAGAGGACCGGCAGGAGGUGGACAUAGAGGCCUAUCAGGAAGAAGUUAUGCUCCUGUUCCAGUCGCCCCACCACCUCACCAGGCCCCAAUGCCUUUUUAUGGAGGUGGAGAAAUUGGUAGUCACGGAGGUUCUGUAGGAGGAGGACACAGCGGACAAGUUGGUGGCUAUGGAGGUUCAACAGGAGGAGGACAUGGCGGGCAAGCUGGUGGAUAUGGAGGUUCCGCAGGAGGAGGUCAUGGAGCUAGUGGUUACGGCGAAUCAGCUGGAAGUGGUUAUCUUUCUGCCCCCGUAGCCGUACCUCAUCAGCCGGUUCCAGUCGCCUCUUACGGCCCUCCACCUCCAUCCGCUGAAGGAUACUAGAUCAUUUUCAUAUUCCAUCCUAAGGCUCCUAUUUUAAAGUCCAUUUUGAAAGCCUUCCUACCAAACCGGUCACGCAGCUCUUUUGUAAACGCCGUAUGUAUAUUUAACAUGGUUUAUGAUAAACGGAUUACUUCAUUA